UCCUAUACCGAUACUUCGUUUUCAGGUCCCAAGUGAUCCAAUGACCGCGAAGGAAUGGCCGCGUGACGUGGUAGACGACCAGAACUUCACUGUGAUUCACGAACUCGCGGCCAAAAGGUUGGACGGCCAAUCUGGCUUAGAUUCCCUCCUUGUUUCUUCCAGAGAGGGCGUCACAAGACUGUAUUACGAAGACGGCCGUUGGAAGAAAGAGCUUAUCGGUAGGGGCGAACCGAAGAGAGAAGACCAGAAAGACAACUCCACCACUCCCGGGUCGGGAGAUCACUGGGGCACUGGUGGCGCCGACAUUGGUAGAGUCGGCAGUGACCGGUAUGCCUAUGUCGCCACCAUCGACCCCUUUCAUUCCACAAAAGUCUGUGUCUACACCAAGCACGACGAUCCAACUCAUCGAGGGUCGAAGUGGAAGCGCCAUGUUCUCGACACCUACGGAACACCGACGCAGCAGAAGCAUUGGGGAGAUGGUCCUGGUCACUAUGUGACAUGCGCUGAUAUAGAUGGUGACGGCGUCGAUGAGAUCCUCCUUAGCAUGUUUGGGCCGCUCGAUCGGAAUGAUGAUGGGUCACUCAAGGCUGCAAAGGGCAUAUUGUGCUAUAAGCCCAUUCACCUCGAAGAUGGCGUCUUCGCGAAAUGGCAUCCUAUCGUAGAAUCCUCUGGAAGAUGCGAUGUCGGAAACUUUUACGGUAAUGGAAAGCGCGAUAUCGUCUCAAUCAGCUAUAGCGUCAAAGAUUACUACCAGGAACUGCAUCCGGCAAUGAGACUCUACAAGAAUCUAACAAGGGACGACCUGCAAACGAUCUCCGUCAGUUGCCAGAGACCGACGAACUCCAUCUUUGGAACGGUAUGGGAGACGAUUUCAGGAAAAGAGACCGAAAAAGACGCGCGGACAGACGCCGGGAAAGAGAUCAUGGUUUACCUUCCGGACCCCGUCAACAUCAGCAAUCGCGCUCCCGCCGGCCUGAUCAAACAGGACCUGAUCGAAGUCGCCGACAUUGAAAUCAGCGUCGAGGUCCACCCCAGCGGCCGAGAGGUGAAAGCCGAGGCAAAUGAGGGCAUCAAGGUUUUGUACGGGAGCCUGGCCGAUGCGAAGGAUCAGAAAGUGAAACGGACACCUUUCGGGACCAACCGAUUCCCAGACAAGGAGUCGCUGAAACCUCCCAGACCUGAGCAACAACCCUCAAAGAAAGAACCGGCCAGCCCAUCAGUUUACACUUUCACAGCAGAUCAAUGCUCGGGCGCCAUAAUCCUCCGCCUGACGCCGACCGACACGACCGACACAUUCAAAACUUACCGGAAAGCAACAGACGUCGACGACAAGGUCCAGACUCUUUUCGAUCUCGGCAACUUUGGACUAGAGACCCCGAAACUGAAGUUUUCCAAGGUCGAGAAGCUCUGGUGGGGAGAGGAGUUCACCAACGUGGAAUUUUACAAUCUGACAGGAUUUCACUUUCGUUUCCUCGAGACCAAGCAACAUGUUGCGCAUAUGCAGUUCUGGAUUGCAGGCCCAAAAGUAGAUGCUAGGCUUCAUGAUCACACCGAUCAAGCUUUCAGGGAACUUCACACUUGCCUGUCUCAAGGAACACCACAGGAACAAGUCUCUGGUACUGCUAAGCAGGGCGGGAUGGUGGCUCCCAGGAAGGAAUACUACAGCAAGUCCUUUGAGGACGUGAAGAAGCUUGAGGAGAAGUUGAACGAGGGGGCAUUCGAUUACUGCGCGCUGAUGCCCCUCGAGGAGCAUGGUAAGAUCUGGCAUACGCUUAACGACGGACGAACAAUUUACCGUAAGAAUGGGACGGUGUCGUACCCGGCUCAUGCCUGGAGAGCUGGUGUGGGAAACGCGGGGGAGAAUGUAGAUGUCUGGAUGGCCCUCGAAUUUGAUGCCCGGGUCUGA